AAUUGCUGCACUAGUUUACUUCUUUAAAAAGAUAAGUCCAAAGGCCACCACCACCCACAAGUAAGCAGCCAUGGCUUCCCUGACUGACACCCAAUACUACCUUUUCUGCUUCUUCGUUUGGAUCUUCUCUACCCUCCUCCUUCGAUCCCUGAUCAGAAAACCCAACAAUCAGGAACCAGCCAUCGGUGAUCUCCACCUUCCUCCAAGCCCCCCCGCCCUCCCACUCAUCGGCCACCUCCACCUCCUUGGACUCACCCUCUACAAAUCCUUGCACAAACUCUCCCUCCAAUAUGGACCUCUCCUCUACCUCCGCCUUGGGCCAUCUCGAACCCUCCUAGUGGUUUCAUCGGCCUCCAUGGCUACCGAAGUGUUCAAAGUCAACGACCUUGUCUUUUCAGACCGCCCCACUAUUGCUUUCGCAGAUGAGUUGCCGAAAGAUGUCGGAGGUGUUGGAUUCUUCAGCGCCCCCUAUGGCGAGUACUGGAGGUUCAUGAGGAAGCUCUCCAUGACGCAACUGCUGGGAGCCCGGCAGAUCGAACAGUCACGCUCCAUUCGACAGGAAGAAAUUGCGCGGCUUUUGCAUAGCGUGUUGGAGAGUGCUGAUAGAGGAGAGGUGGUUGAUUUGGGUGCUGAGCUCAUGAAGUUAACGAACAACUCCACGUGCAGGCUGGCGAUGAGCACUAGAGUUUCAGGGGAAAAUAGUGAGGCAGAACAGAUAAGGGAGUUGGUGAAGAAUUCGUUGCAGUUGGCUUCGAAGGUUUGUUUUGGGGAUGUGUUGGGGCCUUUCAAGAAGUUGAGUUUUUGGCUGUAUGGGAAGCAGGUUGCAGACAUGGACAAGAGGUAUGAUGAGAUUCUGGAAAGGAUAUGGAAGGAGCAUGAAGAAAUUAGCGGGAAGAAAGAAAAUGAGGAUUUAAUGGACAUACUAUUGAAGGUGUACAGAGAUGACAAAGCCGAGUUCAAGAUGACCAGAAGACAUAUCAAGGCUUUCUUGCGUGAUCUCUUCGUUGGAGGCACCAGUACCUCGGCAGAUGUCAUGCAAUGGACGAUGUCCGAGCUCAUCAACCAUCCUCAUAUGUUCAGGAAGAUUAGGGAGGAAAUUGAAUCAGUCGUUGGCACUGCUAGACUGGUUGAGGAAUCAGAUGUCUCUAAUCUCCCCUACUUGCAAGCAGUUGUUAAAGAAACGCUACGACUAUACCCAUCAGUUGCUGUGACAACAAGAGAGUGCCGCGAAAACUGUAAGAUAAAAGGCUACGACAUACCCCAAAAGACUAUGGUGGCGAUCAAUCUCUAUAGCGUAAUGCAAGAUCCAGAAGUGUGGGACGAUCCAAGUGAAUUCCGACCAGAGAGGUUCUUGUUCUCUUCUAAAGCACAAAAUCAUGGCCAAAAAGAAAAUGAAACCAGAGGUCAAAGUUUGGUUGAUUUUGUUCCCUUUGGGGCAGGAAGGAGAGGUUGCCCUGGCUCAGCUUUGGCAUACAGCACAAUGAAUUCUACAAUUGGGGCCUUGGUUCAAUGCUUUGACUGGAAGAUUGGGAGUGGUGGAGAUGAGGAUAAGGUUGACAUGGAAGUUAAUUCGGGCUUUGGUUUGUCCAAGGCUCACUCACUUGUAUGCCUUCCCGUGGUUCACUUCAAUCCCUUUGCUUCUUCGGCGUAAAGGAAUUUCAUACUUUAGUAUUGGCAUUGCAUGCAGCAUGCAUAGAAAUAUAUAGAGGUAUAAUAAUAAGGAUGGAUGGAUCGUGCACUAUUUCAUUAUAA